AUGCAGGGGGGCAUUGUGCCUUCGGGAGCUGACGAUCCCGCAUACCCGAGUCUCCCGGAUCUUCAGGUUAGCUGCCUGAGAUCUGAAGAAUUUAACGCUCCUGUAACUAGAAGCAGAAACCAGGGCGGUAGGGGACAGCGGGCUGGUCCUCUUCGGAGCCGUCUGGAGGAAGAGCCCGAUGGGGUCAGCUGUGGUGCGAACGGCGCAGCCCCCCGAGAUGGCACCGUAAGCCAGGAACUCGUUUCAAGGACUGCUGUUGGAGACCCCAUUCUGGACGAGAGAAGAUCCCGUCCCAUGGAAGCUCCAAAUAGACGAGGUGUGAGAACGCGCUGGACUGAGGAAGAUAACAUUCUGAUCAUGCGCGUUCACUUCAUUGCUAGAGACGUGCAAGAACGUACGGGAAGAACAUAUCGAGAACUACUGAAUGACAUCAAUCCACAAAGGCAAUCUUAUGCGAACCUACUAGCCAAUAGAGUGAGGUAUCUCAUGGACAGAGAGAAGUUUUCAUCGGUCGAACUUGAUGAAAUCAAACGGAGCUUUAUCCCAAGAAGUGAUACGAUCCAUACAGACCACCAGGAGAAUGAAACAGCGACAGAAGGCAGAGUUCACAUCCGACUCAGCAUCCAACCAUCAAGAUUAGAGCGGGUAUACUACGGAAACCUUCUGAAAUACUCAGGACUCUCUCCAUAUAAUAGACCUAAAAUUCCAAGACUGAAGCACUCUAUUGAAAUGGUGAAUUGCGUUGAGAGGGUGAAUGCUAUGGUGGAGAGAUACGUUGAGGCAGCUAACACACUGAGGGAAAUGGUCGAUUGUGUUUACGCUGGAGCCGUCACAGUAUGUGAAGAACUCAGAGUAAGAAUAGGCGAAGUACGUCCCAUGCAUGGUACUGGAACAACACCACCGUGGCAAGUGAGGCUGGAAAGAAAAAUAAAAUUCGUUAGAAAAAGGAUUGGCAUCUUGAAUACUUACCUCAAUACAGAGACUCAUACCAAAAAACUAAUGAAGGGUAUAAGGCAAAUUGCGUCUGAAUCUCGCAUAAGAACGCAUGGCCCGAAACAGCAGUUCAACAGUCAACUGGAAUUAGUAUGUGACAAACUGAAACAAAAGAUCAAAGUUUUAGGAAAUCGAAUGAAACGAUAUAACGAAAGAGUCAAAAGAUUUAAGAACAAUCAGCUCUAUUACAAAAAUCCCAAAGAGUUUUUCCGCACACUUGAAGCCAAAGAAACCACGGAAGGAAGUUAUCCAGCUGAAAAGGAUAUGUAUGAGACAUGGAGGGGGAUCUGGGAACGGGAUGAGUCACAUGAUGAUGAAGCGUUCUGGAUAAGAAACGCUGAAGGAGAAACUCUGAAAUACGACAUGGAAAAUUUGAACAUCACAGGGGAUGACAUAACAUUGGUCCUCAAGAAAACUAGCAACUGGACAGCACCUGGAUCUGAUAAACUCCACAAUUAUUGGUGGAAAAACUUUACAUCAACACACCAAAAACUGGCCACUUUAUUCCAAGAAGCCCUUUCAGACCCUACCAUCAUACCAGAGUUUCUUACUUUGGGAGUCACACAUAUGAUACCCAAAGGAAAUGUCAGUCCGGACCCAAAAGCAUUCAGGCCAAUUACGUGUCUUCCAACCGUAUAUAAGAUACUCACAGGAAUUAUAACCAAACAUCUAUGGAAGCACGUCAGUAGGCACAAAAUACUAGCCAGAGAACAGAAUGGGUGUAGGAAAAAUGCCCAGGGCUGCAAAGAACUGCUAACCAUCGACCAUCUGGUUACGAAGCAGGCAAGAAAGAGACUAAAAAACAUCUCGAUCGCAUGGAUCGAUUAUAAGAAGGCUUUCGAUACGGUUCCGCAUUCCUGGCUUCUGAAAAUCUUAGAAAUCUAUGGAGUAUCUGCAAAUAUCAUCGAACUGCUGAAACAUUUAAUGACAUCUUGGAGAACCAGUUUAAUCUUUGACAACAAAAGAACACCCGAAAUAAGAAUAUCAACGGGAAUUUUUCAGGGUGAUAAGCUGAGUACACUAUGGUUUUGUUUGGCAAUGAAUCCAUUAAGCAGGCUGCUCAACGAUAACAGAUACGGGUAUAUCAUAGAUACUAGGUCGAACACAAGAAUAACCCAUCAACUCUAUGUGGACGACCUGAAACUCUACGCUACGAAUGAGGAGCAGUUGAGAUGCCUAAUGAGAAUUGUUACGUCUUUUACGCAAACCAUCAAAAUGGAAAUGGGUCUGGACAAAUGUGCCGUGAUACACGUGAAAAGAGGAAAGUUGACUAGAAGAGGUGAAAUGUUUGUUCGCGACGAACUGGCCAUAAAAGAGCUAGGCCCUGACGAAACUUAUAAAUACUUGGGUAUACAACAAGCACUCGAAAUAAGAUCAUCUGAGCAGAAAGAAACUUUCAAAAGCAACUUAUUUGGCCGAGUUAGGAAAGUUCUCGCUAGUAAACUGAACUCGAAAGCCAUGUUCACGGCCAUAAACACAUGGGCGGUACCCAGCAUUGCCUACUCCUUUGGGAUAAUUAAGUGGUCUAAAACCGACCUCAAAGCUAUAGACACCCAAAUCCGUGUACUGCUCUCCAAAUGUGGCAUCCAUCAUCCUCAUGCAUCGGUCAAUAGGCUAUACCUACCUAGACAUCAAGGUGGAAGGGGACUUCAAAAUAUUGAAAUGAUCCAUAAUAAGACGGUGGUGGAGCUAAGAGAAUAUUUUCAUUCCAAAAACUCACCAUUUCUCCACACAAUUUGUCAAGAGGAUCUCAACAUCACGGCCCUCAACCUAGGCUGCAGAAACCACCCACCAGAAACAAUAACGCGUGAUGGGAUGAUAGCGGAGUGGCACAGCAAAGCACUUCAUGGUAGAUACCCGGAGGCUCUGAAAGAAAAUAGAGUUAACAAAGAACUAUCACUCACUUACCUGAAGUCUGGAUAUCUUUUCCCAGAAACUGAGGGACGACUAGCUGCAAUUCAAGACCAGGUUGUGCCGACAAGAGCUUAUAUAAAACACAUUGCAAAGAAGAACAUCCCAACUGACAAAUGCCGUAAAUGCUCCCAAGCUCUCGAGACGAUACAACAUAUAACAUCCUCCUGCUCCAUCCUGGCACCUAGAGAAUAUACUCACCGGCAUAACGCGAUGGCAAAAGUAUUCCAUCAAGCAAUUGCCAAUAAAACCGGACUCUUAACCACCGUCAAAAAGAUCCACGAAUACGUCCCAAAGCCUUUACUGGAAAAUUCCAGUGUCAAAAUAUACUGGGACGAACGCAUCCUAACGGACAGAAUGAUACCACACAACAGGCCUGAUAUCGUAGUAAUCGACAAAACCAACCGCAAGGCAACGAUCAUCGACAUAACUGUGCCGGCGGAUGAUAACAUUGCUAGAGCCUACUCUGAGAAGUUGCUGAAGUACCAUGACCUGGCCUUCGAAAUGAAGGAAAUCUACCACCUGAGAUCGAUUUCAAUUCUGCCUUUGAUUAUCUCCUCAAAUGAACUGGUAGAGACACACCUAGUAGAAAACGUAAAACAUCUCGAACUGGACCAGCAACUCAUCAGUCAAGCACAGAAGGAGGUCAUACUAUGGACCACACGAAUUGUUCGCAUGUUCAUGACCACUACCUAG